UCAGAUUUCCACCCCUCUGACUCGUUUCGCGGGCAAAUUCAAUUAAAUUCCCUUAAGAAACUCCUUAGGGUUUAAGAUACAGAGGCGUUGAAAGAAGAGAGCGUAGAGGUAAGUGGGAAGAAAGAAAAAAAAAAACUAUAAUGAUGGGGGUGAAGGGGGUGCGUUCUAUAUCCCUUCUUCUCCUACAAUACUUGAUGAGGUGGUGGAAAGCGAGGAUUGUGUGCGCGGGCGCGUGAGACAGGCGCAAAUGCUUGCUGUUGCAGCAUCCCCCGCAUCAGUUGCAACUCUGAAUUUCAAGAGUUCAUUUUCAUUCCACAUCCUUACAGUAUCUACUUCUACACCAUUCGUCUAAUUGUGAACAGUUACAUUGAACAUAAGACAAUGUUUUUCUCAACGUUCCAGAUAGUGAUGCCAUAAGUGAAUAAUUGUGUUCAUCAGUGUAGGAUAGAAAUAAUAAAUUUCUACAUUUGUACUUUAGAUAUUUUUUUUAUUAUCACAACUGUUUAACAAUAAAAUAUAUCACAUGUUUUUAAUUCAUUGAGUGACGGUUAUCUGGUCGACCCGAGGGAAUUUUUACUGUAUCGGACGUUGGAAUCGACGAGGAUGGAUGUUAAUGUUAAAUUAAUUUCAAUCUACUGCCUUUUGGUGUUCAUACCUGGAACGUUGGGUGUGAAAAACGUUAAAAUCAUUGUACCGCCAAUCGUGAGAUCUGGAGAUACAGUAUCACUAACGUGUCUGUAUGAUCUUGAAAAAGGCCCACUUUACACUAUUAAAUGGUAUCUGAAUGAUCAGGAAUUUUAUCAAUAUGUACCGAAGGCUGAACAACCGCAGAACAGCUAUCUCAUCUGGAAGGACAUGAAAAUUGACGUUUCCAAAUCUGAUAGCCAUGAUGUGACUCUCUUCAAUGUGUCCAGAGAAAUGACCGGAUUCUAUAAAUGUGAAAUCACUGAAGACUACCCUUCAUAUCAUACGGCCAUACUCGGUGGACGAAUGCAAGUAGCAGUUGUUCCAGAGGACGAUCCAGUACUAAUUCUUGGAAGACGCCGUUUAUCACCAGGUGACACAUUGAGAGCUAACUGUACCUCGGGAGCAGGUUCUCCUGCUCCAAACAUAACGUGGACUAUCAAUGGUACCCCGAGAAAUGACUCGUUGAUUACUCGAAGGGAAAUCUUGGAGACGAAUCAAAUGUGGGAAAGCACAUCGGACUUGGAAUUGAAGCUCUCUAGUGAUCACUUUCAAGACAGCCAACUUCGAUUGCGUUGUUUUGUUUCUAUAGAUGGUGUUUACACUUCCACAGCCGAAACUGUAAUUACAGAGGAUAAACCGUUAAUUGCCUCCAUCACUGGUGAUGCAUCACCUCACAGUCACCGUGCCAACGGAUGCGAUGCAACAUUCUGGAUACCUCAAUCUGCAGCCUAUCUCCGGGGAAGAGAAUUUUCCCUCGCAGUAUCCAUCCUCCUGCUCAGUGACUUAUGCAGAUAGCUCAAUUACUGAUUGAAAAGUCACUGACAUCGUCCAUGUAAACCUAGUAGUCUAGGGCUUCCAGUUACAAAUAUAUGAAGGGAAUGAUAUGUAUGGAGUAGAUAGAGAAUGAUUUUCAUUAAAUAACUGAGUAAAAGUCGUCAUAUAUGUGACGGUAUUCUCAUUGAAUGAUUCAUUGAGACCGCAAGAGCGGGAUAAGGAUACGUUAUGUUAGGAAACAAAGUGAUAAAAACAGUUUACUUUCAAGCAUGUUAUCUUUUGAUGUAAAUUGUUGACAAAGCAUUAAUAAAGUAAGAAAACGAUGGUAAGUUAUAAUCAAAUUGUAGUU